UAAAAUGAGUCUCUAUUCUGCUGUGUGUUUGUUAUCCUGUUUAUUUUCUCCAGUCACUCUAAAGCGGGAUGCAGUGUGCAAACUUGCAGGAGCCUUUGGUUUGCCUUCAGCUGUUAAAGACGGGGAUGUUAUCCUGGGAGGGCUGUUCUCAGUUCAUGACAUGGUGCUGGAGCCAGACCUGUCUUUCACUGCUAAACCUCAUUCCACACAAUGCUUGGGAUUUAAUUUUCGGACCUUUAGAUGGAUGCAAACUAUGAUUUUCACAAUCGAAGAAAUAAAUGAGAACGAACACCUCCUACCAGAUAUAAAACUGGGUUAUAAGAUCUACGACUCCUGUAACACCCAUUUCCAUGCACUGAGAGCUGCGGUCACUCUGGUGAAUGGGCAGGAGGAGACAGCCACUGACUCUAGCUGUACCCCGUCUGUACCAGCUGUCAUUGGGGACGGUGGGUCUACGCUAUCUAUUGUGGUAGCCCGAUUGCUGGGGGUUUUCAAAGUGCCACAGAUCAGCUACUUUUCCAGCUGUGCAUGUCUAAGUAAUAAGGAGGAAUAUCCUGCAUUUCUGCGGACGAUACCAAGUGAUUUUUUCCAAGUCAGUGCAUUAGCCCAACUUGUGAAACACUUCGGAUGGACCUGGAUUGGUACGGUCGCAGGGAGUGGUGACUAUGGACGAUUAGGAGUCCAGUUAUUGAAUGAACAAAUCAGACAGCUUGGGGCUUGUGUUGCCUUUACUGAAACCAUUCCUAAAAACCAUGCGCCAGGAAAGAUUUCACAAAUAGUGGAGAUCAUUAAAUCCUCCAGCGCAAAGGUGGUGGUAGUGUUUUCUGUAGAACAAGACGCACUGGCUGUGUUUCAAGAAGUUUUGCGUCAGAACCUGACUGGGGUUCAGUGGAUAGGGAGUGAAGCCUGGGUUACAGCUGCCUUGCUUUCUUCCCCAGAAUACCUUCAAAUCCUUGGUGGGUCUGUAGGGUUUGCAAUACGCAGGGCAGAUAUACCAGGACUUAAAGAAUUUCUUCUCAAGCUGAAUCCAUCAUCUGCCAGUGAGAACCCUUUCAUCCUGGAGUUUUGGGAGAAAAACUUUGGCUGCUCUUUUCAAAAGAGAGAUAAUCACACGAGUGAGAGCAAGCCAUUGUGUACUGGACAUGAAGAUUUAGCUGCCAGAGAGAAUAUAUACUCUGAUGUGACCCAGUUGAGAGUGUCAUAUAAUGUGUACAAAUCAGUAUAUGCACUUGCCCAUUCUCUCCAUAACAUGAGGGCUUGUGAAAAUGGCAAUGGACCAUUUGCAAACACAACCUGCCCAAACAUUUCAAGCAUUGAACCUUGGCAGCUUCUGCACUACCUAAAGAAUGUACAAUUUACUAACGCAUUGGGAGAGGAGACCAGCUUUGAUGAGAAUGGAGAUCCAAUGCCAGUCUAUGACCUGGUCAACUGGCAGGAAGCAGAUGACGGCUCAGUUAAGUUUGUCACAGUGGGCAGGUUUGACAGAACUUUGAAUCAGAACCCAAAACUGGAAAUUGAUGAAGAAACAAUCGUAUGGAAUGGCCGAAACAGACAAGUCCCAAAGUCAGUGUGCAGUGAAAGCUGCCCCCAAGGUACCAGAAAGGGAAUCAAGCCAGGCUACCCUGUUUGCUGCUUUGACUGUAUACUCUGCGCAGAUGGGGAGAUUAGCAAUCAGACUGAUUCGAUAACAUGCGUUAAAUGCCUGCCGGAAUUUUGGUCCAACAUAAAUCGGGAUGAAUGCAUUCCUAAAGAAGUGGAAUACCUCUCCUUUGCAGAUACCAUGGGCAUCACUUUGAUGUCAGUAUCGUUACUAGGAUCCUGCUUCACCUUUGCCAUAGCAGCAGUUUUUGCAUAUUACAGAAACACACCCAUUGUAAAGGCCAAUAACUCAGAGCUCAGCUUUCUCAUUUUAGUUUCCUUGGUGCUGUGUUUUCUCUGCUCACUUGCCUUCAUAGGACAGCCCACCACGUGGUCUUGCAUGCUGCGCCACACUGUUUUCGGUAUCGCAUUUGUUCUUUGCAUUUCAUGCCUUCUGGGGAAAACCAUAGUGGUGCUGUUUGCAUUCAAAGCCAAUCAUCCAGGCAGUAACAUGAUGAAAUGGUUUGGCCCUACCCAGCAGAGAGCGGUCAUCUUUCUAUGUACUUUAAUUCAAGUACUGAUAUGCACUGUGUGGUUAAUAAUAUCACCACCCUCCCCAGUGAAAACCAUGAACUAUCAAAGUUCGAAGAUCAUUCUGGAAUGUGAUGUGGGAUCUGUGAUGGCCUUUUCUCUGGUUCUCGGGUAUAUAGGUUUGCUGUCUUGUUUGUGCUUUUUGCUGGCGUUCUUAGCACGGAAACUACCUGACAACUUUAAUGAAGCCAAAUUCAUCACUUUUAGCAUGCUGAUUUUCUUCGCAGUGUGGAUCACGUUCAUCCCUGCCUAUGUGAGUACCCCUGGGAAGUAUACUGUCGCAGUUGAAAUCUUUGCCAUUUUGUCUUCCAGCUUUGGGCUUCUGGUCUGUUUAUUUUUCCCCAAAUGUUAUAUUAUUUUAAUUAAACCAGAAAAAAAUACCAAGAAGCACCUCAUGGGGAAAACAACAUCAGAAAAGCGAUAUUAAACCUUUUAGUAUGUUUUCAUUUUGGAUCAUAUAACAUAUCUUACCUAUACACAGCUAACUGAGAAUUUAUGUGAGUUACACUAUGUUAGAAAUGUGGCCUCGACAGCUUUCAGGUUUAAAUUAAUUGAAUGACUGUGCUUGUAUUUGUAUAAUUAGAGCUCCUGUAUCAGUACUGGGGUUGACCUUCAUGUAGGCAGGGGGUAGGAAGCAAGUGAGAUGAGGACAUGUGGGUGAGGCAUGUAACUAAGUAAAGCAGCUGCAUUAUCUCUUUUUGCUCUGUACACGAUACCACGUAAAGAAAAAGCUCACUGCACUGUGUUAUAAUAAUGCCUUUCAGUAGGAUACAAACACGGAUCUGUAAUAUGAUUAAAAUGUGGUAUUGCUCUCCCAGGGAAUUGCAUUUUUUUUUCACUUCACCUAAAUCUGCAUUUCACUGCAGUAAGAAAGGUGUAGGCUCAAUUUAAUUAACUUUUUAGUUGGCAAAAAGAAUUUCAGAAACUAUAACAAAAUAUAUUAGUAGGCUGAUACAAGUACAGAUAAGUGAGUAUAUGUUUGUACAAUACAGACUUUAUUCUUGCCUUAUCAUUUCCACACAGUGGAAAACAGGGUCUAAAUACUAACCAAAAUACAUCCAACAGAUCCUACUAAAAUGAAAAAUGUUUGUUAUUUGACAUUAAUGCUGCAUAGAUCACAGUGAAAAGAGCAGAUGAAAACAGAUAUAUGUGUCAAUUUUGGCUUGUAUUUUAUUAUGUUCACUACUCUGUAUUGUAUCCAUGUUUAACAAUAUUGUAUAUGGUGUUCAAAUA